AUGGUACGGUUUGAGCACCUCCAGAUCUACUUGAUCUUGGCUAUAACCAGUCUUCCGCUCAACUGCCUCGCUAUUUCCCAGUGGACACGAGGGUUCUGCGCGACCGCCCCCCCUAAUGAGUCCUUGAAGACGGAAUUUAGGAGAUUGAACGCUCUAGAAUCACAGCAUGAUCCUACACUCAACCCCGAGAGCCGAGAAGCCGUAACGCCAAUCGAAAUAGAAACCUGGUUUCAUAUCGUGAGCACUGAAGCGAACGCGGGCCAAGUAUCGGAUGAGAUGAUAUCUGCCCAGCUAUCAUACAUCCAAAAUGCAUAUCAGAACGCUACCAUUUCCUAUAGCCUCCAGGGAGUAACCCAACAAAUCAAUGACGCGUGGGCGCGCAAUGAGGACGAAAUGGGCAUGAAGAAUGCUCUUCGCAAGGGAAGCUACCGAACCCUCAAUAUCUAUUUCCAGUCCGAUCUCAAGGCUUCCCCGAGCGCUGGAAGUCGUGAAGCCGACAUCACCCAGCAGCUAGCUUCUAGCGUUCUGGGUUUCUGCACCCUACCGGACGCUAAUAUCAACAAAACCAGCCCUCGUUCUAGCUACGUCAAGGAUGGAUGCAAUGUGCUCUCUCAGACCAUGCCGGGAGGCAAUCUGGACCACUAUAACCGAGGCGGCACUGCCAUCCACGAAAUCGGACACUGGAAUGGACUCCUCCACACGUUUGAAGGGGAGUCCUGCUCCCCCGAUAACGAGGGCGAUUAUAUUUCCGAUACGCCGCAGGAGGGAGUUCCGACAGAUGGAUGUCCCUCGCAGAAGGACUCUUGUCCUGACAGGCCAGGUGUUGACCCUAUCCACAAUUUCAUGGAUUAUUCAUCUGAUGAGUGUUAUGAGAAUUUUACCCCGGCUCAAAUCAAGAGGAUGCGUAGCAUGUGGUUUUCGAUGAGAAGUGGAAAAUAA